UCAAACAUCAUCACUCACACACCAAACAAGAGUGAUUAAGAGUAUUUUCCAACUUUUAAUGGCUUCCAAGAUUGCUAUGAUCCUUGCUCUCAACAUCCUCUUUUUCACUUCUGUAACCUCCAACUAUGUUCCAUGUCCUCCACCAUCCCCAACAGGUGACAAUCACCACCACUCACAUCCAAAGAACCCAACAUGUCCUAGAGACACAAUUAAGCUUGGCGUGUGUGCUGAUAUAUUAGGUUUGAUUAAUGUUGAACUUGGUAAACCACCAAAGACACCAUGCUGUUCUCUCAUUGAUGGUCUUGCUAAUCUUGAAGCUGCUGUCUGUCUCUGCACUGCUCUUAAGGCUAAUGUUCUAGGGAUUAGCCUUAAUCUUCCCAUUAAUUUGAGUUUGAUACUUGAUUACUGUGGAAAAGGAGUUCCAAAGGAGUUCGUUUGCGCUUAAUUGAUAGAUACUGCUACUUAAUAUGGUUUUGUUGUGUCACUAUAUUCAUUAUUCUUCAUUUGGUGUGUGGAUUUUGCACUUUCUUAGUACAUUCUCACAAUUGUUACUUGUUUUUGUCAAUGAACAUUUGUUCAUACUUUGAUUAUUAUUAUCAUUAUUGUUGUGAUGGUUGGAAGUUGAA